UUCCAGAAAGCGAUGCUGCCGUUUUUACUUCUCUUGUUUCCCUUCGUCAACUCAGUGCACAUUCACCACAUGCAUGGGGAAAUAUAUUUAGGUAUUGGAGCUGAAUGCAGAAAUCUGGAAGGAAACUACUGGCAUUGCGGACCAGGUCUCUGGUGCGGACCAAACGGCGUCUGCGAAGUUGAGAAACCAACUGAACCGCAUGUUGAUGAGCAUCUAGAUCACGUGUUUACAGAAGAUGUUUUCUCCGAGAAACAACCCUUUCAUGAAGACUCGGAGCACUUACUAUUGGAUUCGGUGAUCUCUCCGCAGCCUCCUUCAGUUGAUGAACUGCUACAUGUUAACGCGGACAAGAUGAAUCCAAAGGAUCAGUUACCUUCUUCUUACGAUGAACUGUUUCAACUUCGUACUGAGAGUACGCUAGCAAAGGAACAUGACUCUGCCCACAGAUGGAUAAAUAGUCCAACAGACUACAAGACAGCUCAUCGAAUUGAUAACCAAGAUCACGCAAGCACUAAUAUUAUGUUAGAUGCAAUGGACUACCCAACGAAGAGGGAACAUAAAAAAAGUAAGCCGAUCGUCAGAACACAGCACCCACUCGAUGAUCAAGAACUUAAAUCCCUUAUGGCUGUUCUCCCAAUCAUACGUUACCUUUUUAGAGACAAAUUCUUAUCACCAACGAAAUCAUCCAAGGUGUACAUUUUAUCUGACGGAGGCUUUCACGAAACUACUGUUCCAUCUCUAGACGAGGCUAUCAACGAUGUUGCGUCUGAGUCAUCAACUUCCGUUCAUGCUAAUUCUGAUUCUCUUCCUCAAGUUGAAAACUGGAACGAACACAAGAAAUUUCUUUCUGACGAUUCUAUUCAUCCUACGGAUUUUGAAUCUGUGAUUGAUAAUCCUCUGUUCAUGGAAGAUGCUAUUUCUUCUACCGAACAGGAACCCAUUUUUGAACCUUCAUCUACUCACGAGACUCACUUUGAUCUCCAUGAGAUCAACCUCCCUAUUGGCUCUAAUUUACAUUCCGAUUCGGACUCAACACAAUCUACCACUGAAACAUCUACAUCUCAGGAAAUUCACAAUGUUUUAGUAGAUACGCAGUUAUCCAGUGGAACCCAGGUGUCAGCUCUCGAUCGCGAUUUUUCCAGUGAACACUCAUCCUCUGUUAAGUUUAUUUCCACUUCUACAAAAGAUCUUAAAUAUUCAUCUACUGACGAGCAUCCAGCACUUCCUGUUCGCAAUAAGUCUUCAGAUGGAAAUUCUCUGUCUCCUGAUUCAGACGAAACUUCUGCAGUUGAUCUUACUCCAUUUUUUUAUGAUGUCACUCCCACACCUUCUUUAGGCGGCCAAUCUUCAAAUGACCAGCUGGAUUCGGCCUGCUCUUUUGAAUUUAUCCCUCUUCCUUUUACUGAAAAUGAUAAAGCAACCUACGUCGUACCUUUUGAUAUUGCACCAUUAUCAUCAGAUGAUGGUGUCGAUGAUGGCGAUAACGAUGUUGAUCAUGCUCAAAACAUUGAUAUUGUGACUGUCAUGAACUCUAAAACAGUUGAUAAUGAUCCAAUAUCUAACUCUCAUUCUUCCAUGCCAUUUCAAUUGAAUUCGAAAACCCUCGAUAUUAAUUCCACUGAGCAUGUAUUUAACUUUAACUCAACUGUCACUCCGGCUGAAAGGUCUCUCGUUUCUUCUGAAACGCAACUACCUACUCCAGCUCCAAAAACAAAUCAACCUUCAACGUUUACUUCCUCUCCAUUAAAAGAGGAAAUGUCUACUUUAUAUUCGUCAAAUAUAUGCAGUCCGUUAAUAAUGAAACUAUUGAAUCCAUUGUCUUAUAUCAGAUAUUUAUUUUCAUAAUAAAUAAUACGGCUUUUAGCUUAGUGGGUUGUCAUUAAAUAAUAUUCAAAUGGCAAAAAUAUUCUAAAUUUAAUAUCGAGUGUGAAUUUUUGUUUGUGUAAAAAUUACUUCAACCUCUGAUUUCAUUAACAAUUACCUUAAUGUAUUCGUUUUUCUCAGUACGAAAGUGACUUAAAUAAACUAUACAUGAUAUUCAGGCCUAUUAUUUAAACCCUUAUAAUUGAAUACUCCCGCACUAUUUAUGAUCAGUAGAUGUUAGUACACUCAAAUAUACAAAAGAUUAUACUUAAAAAUAGUUUGUUUAAUGAGAAAAUGCUUCAAUAAAAGUACAAAAAAAU